GAGCCUGAUCUAAGGAAGACAGGGUUGGGGUUAGCUACCUUGGUAAAGCCGGAAGCUCAGAACGCCGGGGGUUCCAUUGUCGACUAAGUUCAGGUAUUGGUCAAAAUUCUCUAGUUAAAUAACUAUUAUUGCGAAGCAUGGUGGGCUUUUAAACUGUUAAAAUAAUUUAUUUUGAUGUAUAAGUAGUAGAGUUGUGAUAACUAGUACCGUUAAAAGUCAUUUAAGUAAUUAUCAAAUCGAAUUAUAGUAAAAAUCAGUGUAUUAUUAAAAUCUGUUAUUUUAAAUUAAGGUACUGUUAUUAAUUUGUCCAAUACUGUUAUUAAGUCGUUAAGUACUUUUAUUUACCCUAAAUAAAAUAUAUAUAAAAAAAAAAAAAAACUGACGUCACUCGGUAUUGGGCGGGUUAGCCUAUAUCGGAUAGCGGUCCAUCAUUUCACCCCAUACUUUAUGCUAUGUUGACGAUUUUAGCCCUUAAAUUAACAUUUUCUGUAAAUCAUCGAGAGCAGCUUGUAUUUAUGGAAAAAAAAUACUACCUUCCCUCCCUUUGAGGUUACUUUUACAGUUUUACGUUCCGCUUGCACCUCUCUAUCUAUCAUUCCCUUUCUCUCUUCCAUUGAAGCGGUUUCUGAGCUCUCUCUACCAUUGAAGCAGCUUUUGAGGAAUUUGUAUAUAACUCCAUAAUGUUGGGAUGGAAGUGUAACAGCGGACCUUUUCUCCCUGGUUCCAGGGUGGCUGCCCCUCCUGCCGUGGCUCAGGUACGGGCCGGUUUUCUGAGAAACAGUUUCGUUGUAAGAGCUGGGCCGAAGAGGAUUGUUUUCGGUACGAAGUGUAGAGAAGCUCUACAAACCGGUAUCGAUAAGCUUGCUGAUGCUGUUUCAGUGACUUUAGGACCCAGAGGGCGUAAUGUGAUUCUUUCGGAUUCAAAAAGUUUGAAAGUAAUUAAUGAUGGUGUUACAAUUGCAAAGGCUAUAGAACUUGCAGAUUCAAUUGAGAAUGCAGGAGCAAUGCUUAUUCAAGAGGUCGCAUCUAAGGUGAAUGAUGCAGCUGGUGAUGGUACAACAACAGCAAUAAUUUUAGCGCGAGGAAUGAUAAAAUAUGGCUUAUUGGCUAUUACAUUUGGUGCUAACCCUAGUGGUUUGAGAAGAGGAAUGGAAAAGACUGUUAAAGAACUAAUCAAAAUUUUGAAGAAGCGUAGUAUACCUGUCAAGGGGAGAGAUGAUAUACGAGCUGUGGCUUCAAUUUCUUCUGGAAAUGAUGACUUUGUUGGGAGUAUUCUUGCUGAAGCCAUUGACAAGAUUGGGGCUGAUGGUAUUAUCUCUAUUGAGUCGUCCUCAACUUCUGAAACUUACAUAAUUGUUGAAGAAGGAAUGAAGAUUGACAAAGGAUAUAUGUCACCUCAUUUUAUUACAAAUCAGGACAAAUCUACAGUAGAGUUUGAUAAUGCCAAAGUUCUGGUAACUGAUCAAAAAAUAUCAACAGUGCAAGAAAUUGUUCCCUUGUUAGAAAAGGCUGCUCAACUAAGUGUACCUUUACUGAUCAUUGCUGAGGAUAUAUCAAAUCAAGUAUUGGAAACACUGAUUGUAAAUAAAAGCAAAGGACUUGUCAAAGCAGCUGUUGUCAAAUGUCCUGGGUUUGGGGAUGCUAAAAAAGCUUUGCUACAGGAUAUUGCUCUCAUGACAGGUGGUGAUUUUUUGUCAGGGGAUCUGGGUCUGAGCAUUAGUGAUGCUACCUCUGACCAACUUGGUAUAGCUCGAAAAGUGACUAUAACAAAUAACUCCACCACUAUUGUUUCAGACCCUUCCACAAAAGCUGAAAUUCGAGCAAGGGUUUCGCAGAUUAAGAAGGAUUUAGCUGAAACAGAGAGCUCUCAUCUCUCUAGGAAGCUUGCAGAGAGAAUCGCUAAGCUUUCUGGUGGUGUGGCAGUAAUUAAGGUUGGAGCUUUCACUGAGACAGAACUUGAGGAUCGUAAGCUUAGAAUUGAGGAUGCAAAAAAUGCCACAUUUGCUGCCAUGGAUGAAGGAAUUGUUCCCGGUGGUGGUGCAACUUAUAUCCAUCUUUCGGAAGAGAUUGCCACAAUUACAUCUUCCUGGAAAGAUAUGGAUGAACUUAUCGGAGCUGACAUAAUAAGAAAGGCACUCCUUGCACCUGCCAAAUCUAUAUCGGAGAAUGCUGGGGUUGAUGGGGAAGUAGUAGUAGAUAAGAUACGUACUUCUGAUUGGCGAUUUGGAUACAACGCAAUGGCUGGACAAUUCGAAGAUCUCAUUGAUGCUGGUAUAAUUGACCCUUGCCGUGUCACGAAAUGUGGCUUGCAAUAUGCUGUCUCUAUUGCAGGGCUUGUCCUAACAACUCAAGCUAUAUUAGUUGAUAAAGUUAAGGAACCCAAACCUCUUGUUCCUCAUAUUCCAGGAAUAUCUCCUUGAAGUAUGAAAGGGUCAAAAGAAUUUUGUAGGUGGCUAAUAUUUUUGUUUUGUAUUUCCAUGCUAGAAAAUUCCUGAUUAGUUUUUUUACAAACAGAGAUGUAGGUUGAAUAGGUUGAAUUUUUUUGCUUUUGAUCUAUUCAUCCAAUUUUUAAUAGGUUGGCAUGUGUUUACUGACUUGGUCAUUUAGUGAAUUUUCUACUGUAAAUUGUAGACUAUCGCAGUAAUGAUAUAUUGCUUAGAAUGUUUGGCUUUA